CGCACAGAGGAGGUGAACUCGGCACGUUGCUCGUUGCUCCGAAAGGUCAGAGGUCGUCAGUGAAUACGUGACAUUUUUACGUAGUGAAGGUAGAAGGAAAAAAAGUGCGGUGACGUCAUUUACGGCACGCGCGCCCUCGCGCCGGGGACACUGCGGUGGAGCAGCUCCACAGCGCUCGAGGACUUCGAGCAUGGACUCGUUUGAACGUGAACUGUCGGAACAGGUGCGCCGGUACAAACACCUGUACGACCCGUUGCUGCGAGACCACCGGGAGGUGUCCGUGAACUCGUGGAAGGAGAUCGCGAGCACCCUGGGCAAGGAGGAGGCGCUCUGUCGAAAGCUGUGGAAGAACACGAGGGACCGCUUCGUCAAAGCCAAAAAAAAGAGUCGCGCGCAGAGUGGUGAGCCAGGUGUACACAGGAGAGUCCCGUCCAUCGUGGUGGAGCUGGAGUGGCUGUCCCAGUUCGUCAAACAUCGAGAGGCGGACUCUCAUUUCGAGUUUGAGGAUGACGGGGCAGAACUCAUCCAUGAAGACCAGAAGACGUCACUAAACUUCUGCUCCCAAGACACCACAAGAGUGGAUCCAUCCAUAUCAUCAUCUAUGCCAGGCACCCUUUCUCCAUCACCUUCCGGACCUGCCCCAGCAGAGAUGACAUCCCCCGGCAGCUCUUCACCUCGGGGUGACUCGCCAUCUCCCCUCAGUCUACUCACCACUGGUGUCGCCCCAUUAACCCAUCCAGGGCUGCAUUCCUCUGCCCCCCAACAUUUUCCUCGUCCCGGACUCUUCACGUCUCCCUGCACCACAGCUCGGAAAAAGAGACACGCCACAGAUUGCGUCCUGUGUGUGGUGCACCAGGACCAAGAGAGACAGAAAUUGAUGCAACAGGACAAUGCAGACUCUCGGUUUGUUCACGUUAUCAAAGACAUGCUGGCUAACAUCAACCCGGUGCAUAAGCCAGAUGUUAAAUUUAAAAUCUACCAGUUGCUGUUUGAGGCGGAGAAAGAUUUUCCAAAAGAAUCUUAAAGUCCGACUUGCACUCAAAUGUUUCUUGUUCCUACAGUUGGAUGUUUGAAUGAUGUAUGUGCAGAGUUUGACACUAUACGGAUGUUUUCACAUUCAUCUGCUGAAAGUGGAAAGUUUCUGUGUUCAGUGAAAAUCUGAUUUUAAGGGGCUAAGAGCAUUGAUUUGUGACAUAUCAAAUAGUUUGUAAGUCAGUCCUGGUCCAGUAUAUAACUUCUACAGUGUGAUGUAGAAUCUUGAAGCCUUGCAGUGCACAUACACUGAAAAUGGACUGUACAGUGAAGUAGGAGACAUUUUGCUGAAGCUGUGUCCAGAAUCACUGGUACGUUCAACAUGGUUCAAACAAGGUUUGAAGACAUGAGAGCUACUUAAAGAUUUUACAGUUUUUUGGUUUCAGGGAAACUGUCAGUCAGUUAAAACAUGUUAGUAUCUCACAAUGAGAUGACGUAAGCUAAUGAAUGACUCUAUUUCUUCUUUAUUCGGUUAAGUUGUGGUUCUUUUCAGGUUGUUUUAUCAAUUAAGUGAUAAUGUUAGGUUACUUUUAUUGUUUUUUUAUUAGGGACUGGUGUUAGCGUUUACUCCUUUAUACACUCUAAAUGUAUUGUAUCGUAAAGACAGAUUUUUAAGAGAAGUGUUUUGUAAGACGAACUGUCAGAUUUUCGCUGAUGCUCUCAGAAUAUUAAAAAUACUCCACAGUGAACUUAA